AUGAUCUAUCUAUCUAUCUAUCUAUCUAUCUAUCUAUCUAUCUAUCUAUCCCAGUCCAUAUUUAUUUAUCUUUGUUCAUUAUCUAUCUAUCUAUCUAUCUAUCUAUCUAUCAUCUAUCUAUCUAUCUAUCUCAGUCCAUAUUUAUUUAUCUUAGUCUGUUCAUUAUCUAUCUAUCUAUCUAAUUCAUCUAUCUAUCUAUCUAUCUAUCUAUCAUAUCUAUAUCUUUUCUGUUCAUUAUCUAUCUAUCUAUCUAUCUAUCUAUCUAUCUAUCUAUCUAUCCCAGUCCAUAUUUAUUUAUCUUUGUUCAUUUUUAUCUAUUCAUUCUAUCUAUUCAUUAUCUAUCUAUCUUAUUAUCUAUCCCAGUCCAUAUUUUUAUUUAUCUUUGUUCAUUAUCUAUCUAUCUAUCUAUCUAUCUAUCUAUCUAUCUAUCUAUCUAUGUUGGUAUGCUACAACAAUAACAAUUUAUCUCUUUUGAUAUCUAUCUAUAUUUGUUUAUAUCUAUAUAUUCCUGUUUAUUCUUUUUCUAUCUAUCUAUCUAUCUAUCUAUCUAUCUAUCUAUCUAUCUAUCUAUCUCAUUCAAAGAAAAGCCUUCUUACUGACCACAACAUUGAAGGGACCGAGAUGCUCUCGAUCACUGGUCGAAUAAUCAGUUCAUCUAUCCUUGACGUGAGUUAUUUCGAGACAGUUUACAAUGAGGCAGUUAUUAUCGACUUAUCUCAUUUGUUAUUGCUUUCCUACACGCUACCCGCGUUCACUGGAGCUUGA